AUGGCACAGCAGCAAGCACUGAGAUUUCGUGGCCCAGCUCCCCCACCAAACGCAGUCAUGAGAGGCCCACCGCCUCUCAUGCGACCACCUCCACCUUUUGGUAUGAUGCGAGGUCCUCCUCCACCACCUCGCCCCCCUUUUGGACGUCCUCCAUUUGAUCCAAACAUGCCUCCGAUGCCACCUCCGGGAGGGAUUCCUCCGCCAAUGGGACCUCCACAUUUACAGAGACCACCAUUUAUGCCUCCUCCCAUGGGUAGCAUGCCACCACCUCCUGGUAUGAUGUUCCCUCCAGGCACUGCCCCUGGAACACCAGCAAUGCCCCCAGCUGAAGAGAUAUGGGUAGAAAACAAAACUCCAGAUGGCAAGGUCUAUUUCUAUAACGCGCGUACACGUGAGUCAGCGUGGACUAAGCCAGAUGGGGUCAAAGUUAUUCAGCAGUCGGAGCUGACGCCGAUGCUGGCUGCGCAAGCCCAGGCCCAGGCGCAAGCCCAGGCCCAGGCGCAAGCAGUAGGUGCCUCCACACCGACCACCAGUAGCCCUGCAUCUGCAGCGUCUCCAUCCACAUCCUCGAGUACUCAGUCCUCCACAACCUCUACCACAACCACAGCCACUUCAGUUUCACAGACGAUUUCCACACCUACCACACAAGACCAGACCCCGAGUUCGGGUGUUUCAGUUGCCACACCAUCAGUCAGUGUUUCAACCUCUGCUCCUUCUGCUACACCUGUGCAGACUGUACCCCAGCCAGUCCCACAGACAUUGCCUCCUGCAGUUCCUCAUGCAGUACCUCAACCAACUGCAGCAAUUCCUGCUUUUCCACCAGUAAUGGUACCUCCAUUUCGUGUCCCCCUUCCUGGCAUGCCUAUUCCACUUCCAGGUGUAGCAAUGAUGCAAAUAGUCAGCUGCCCGUAUGUAAAGACAGUCGCUACCACCAAGACCGGUGUCUUGCCAGGCAUGGCCCCUCCCAUUGUACCUAUGAUCCAUCCUCAGGUUGCUAUUGCUGCUUCCCCUGCUACGUUGGCUGGAGCAACAGCAGUCUCUGAGUGGACAGAGUACAAAACAGCAGAUGGCAAGACUUACUAUUACAACAAUAGGACUUUGGAGUCAACGUGGGAAAAACCCCAAGAACUGAAAGAAAAAGAAAAAAUGGAAGAGAAGAUUAAAGAGCCAAUUAAAGAACCUACGGAGGAGCCUUUACCAAUGGAGACAGAAGAAGAAGAGCCAAAAGAAGAACCUAUAAAAGAACUUAUAAAGGAGGAGCCAAAAGAGGAAGAAAUGACUGAAGAAGAAAAAGCAGCUCAGAAGGCCAAGCCAGUUGCAACCACUCCUAUUCCAGGAACCCCAUGGUGUGUGGUGUGGACUGGUGAUGAGCGUGUCUUCUUCUAUAACCCCACCACUCGCCUUUCUAUGUGGGACCGACCAGAUGACCUAAUUGGAAGAGCUGAUGUGGACAAAAUUAUUCAAGAACCUCCUCACAAAAAAGGAAUGGAAGAAGGAAAAAAACUUAUUAGAGAAGAGCAUGAAUCUACAGAGGAUGCAAAUGAAGAUGAGCCUAUUAAAAUUAAAAAGCGCAAGAAAGAUGAUAACAAAGAUAUUGAUUCAGAGAAGGAAGCUGCUAUGGAAGCUGAAAUUAAAGCCGCUCGAGAGAGAGCCAUUGUCCCUCUGGAGGCUCGGAUGAAACAAUUCAAGGACAUGCUUCUAGAAAGAGGGGUGUCUGCUUUUUCAACAUGGGAGAAAGAGCUACACAAGAUAGUUUUUGAUCCUCGUUACUUACUUCUCAACCCGAAAGAAAGAAAACAGGUGUUUGAUCAGUAUGUGAAAACGCGAGCAGAAGAAGAGCGCAAGGAGAAGAAAAACAAAAUAAUGCAGGCCAAGGAGGAUUUCAAGAAAAUGAUGGAAGAAGCAAAGAUUAAUCCAAGAACUACUUUUAGUGAAUUUGCAGCCAAGCAUGCUAAAGACUCGAGAUUCAAGGCAAUUGAAAAGAUGAAAGAUCGAGAGGCCUUGUUUAAUGAGUUUAUCACAGCGGCAAGAAAGAAGGAAAAAGAAGAUUCGAAGACCAGAGGUGAGAAGAUCAAAAUGGACUUCUUUGAACUACUGGCUAAUCACCACCUGGACAGUCAGUCUCGCUGGAGCAAAGUGAAGGACAAAGUAGAGACUGACCCCCGUUACAAAGCAGUGGAUAGCUCUUCACAGAGGGAAGACCUUUUCAAACAGUACAUCGAAAAAAUAGCUAAGAAUUUAGAUUCUGAAAAAGAAAAGGAGCUGGAAAGACAAGCUCGCAUUGAGGCAAGCUUGCGUGAACGCGAAAGGGAAGUCCAGAAAGCUCGUUCGGAGCAAACCAAGGAAAUUGAUAGAGAACGUGAGCAGCACAAACGGGAAGAAGCUAUACAAAACUUCAAAGCGCUUCUGUCUGACAUGGUGCGUUCUUCAGAUGUGUCAUGGUCUGAUACCAGAAGGACUCUACGCAAAGAUCAUCGGUGGGAAUCUGGCUCCUUGCUAGAAAGAGAAGAGAAAGAGAAGCUCUUCAAUGAACACAUUGAAGCACUUACCAAAAAGAAGAGGGAACACUUUAGGCAACUUCUGGAUGAAACUUCAGCGAUAACUUUAACAUCAACAUGGAAAGAAGUGAAAAAAAUCAUUAAAGAAGAUCCAAGGUGCAUUAAAUUUUCUUCGAGUGACAGGAAAAAACAAAGGGAGUUUGAGGAAUACAUUAGAGACAAAUACAUUACUGCCAAAGCUGACUUCCGAACACUAUUGAAAGAGACCAAAUUUAUAACGUACAGAUCCAAAAAGUUGAUCCAGGAGUCAGAUCAGCAUCUGAAAGACGUAGAGAAGAUAUUACAAAACGACAAGCGAUAUCUGGUACUUGACUGUGUACCAGAAGAGAGACGCAAACUCAUUGUGUCCUAUGUAGAUGACCUGGACCGUCGAGGCCCGCCUCCACCACCCACAGCUUCAGAGCCUACAAGACGAACAACAAAAUAGUUACGAAAUACUCUUAAGCCAAGGGUAUCUGUUAAAUCAAAAAGCUUGCAUGAGCCAUCUGUCAGGUUUAUACAUAUACAUUACCGUGAAUAUAUUGCAAAACCAUCUGAGGAGCAGAGGAAGAAGCAGCAUUUGUGAACAUAAAAUGGUCUCAG